GAAGAAGGAUGAUGUUUAGUUGUGUCUGGAAAUGCUUAGUAAACACGCAGCUGAGUUUACUACACUUGUUCCCGAAGCAAGCUACAACUCUGGGGACUACCCACCUCCUCCUCCUAACUUUCUCACCUUCUUCAAUUAUUUUUAUUCAUUUAUUAUCGAUUUAUUUUCUUUUCUUUUGAUUUUUAAAAUAGAAAAGAAUAAAUUAUCUCUCUCUAUUCGUGGUCACUGAACUUAAAGUCUCGUCACCGAUGCUCUUAACCCUCUAGAGAGAUUGCACAUGGGAAGCAGCUUUAGCUAAUCCUGUCCUUGAAACCAUCCACGGAUCAUUGUGUUCUUUGUAGUUGUUGAUUCUGAGAUCAGGUAGUGUGGAUUUGAGAUCAGGUUCAUUUACUUUUGCAAGCAGAUCUGGUGAUUUUAGUUUCCUUUUUAAGGAAGGUGUGUUUUUGAGUUUUGGUUGUGGACAUCAUGGGAAAGCCUGCAAGGUGGUUAAAAAGUGUACUACUUGGAAAGAAAUCAUCUAAAUCUAGUGGUUCGAAAGACAAAGAGAGAGUUGUGAAUGGAAAAGAGGUAGUGGUUGUUUCCAAGAUUGAAGAAUCCGAUGUGGUUUCGGAUCUUCCAUUCUUUGGUAAUGCAACAGUUUCCACCAGCGCUGUGGUAGAGGAGACACAGAAUAUAGAACGUGAAUUGGUUUCAGACGACGAGAUACAACUUCCUGAGGUCCAAGUCCAGCCAACAGAAUCUCCAAAUGCUGCUUCUGUUGUUAUUCCUGAUGAUUUGCUAUCAGAUUCAGACAAAAUUCAGCAAGAGAUUGCAGCAACAACUCUGCAGGCUGCCUUUAGAGGCUACUUGGCUCGACGUGCCUUCUGGGCAUUAAAAGGUAUAAUAAGGCUACAGGCACUUAUCCGCGGACACAUGGUUAGGAGGCAAGCUGUUGCCACUCUGUGCUGUGUUAUGGGAAUUGUCAGAUUGCAAGCACUUGCUCGUGGAAAAGAGAUCAGACGUUCUGACAUUGGUGUUGAAGUUCACAGGAGAUGCUUGGAGAAUAAACUCCCUGAAGACUCUGUUGUUGAAACACAUACUUACCUUGGAAUCAAGAAGCUAACUGCAAAUGCUUUUGCUCAGAAGCUUCUAGCUUCAUCUCCAAACGUGAUGCCUGUGCACUUAGACAAUGAUUCUUCUUCCAACUCUAUCUGGUUAGAGAACUGGUCAGCCUCUUGCUUCUGGAAACCAGUUCCUCAACCGAAGAAAACAUCAGUCAGGAAAACUCAGAAGAAGUUCGAAGGGGACUUUGCUAAACAAAAGAAGAGUGUUCGCAAAGUCCCUGCUCCCAAUCUCGACAGUCCCUCCGCUGCUGCACAGACAUCAUUUGAGUUUGAGAAACCAAAACGCAGCAGCUUCCGCAAAUUUUCAACAAGCCAAUCUGUGGAGCUACCACCACUAGAAGAGCCUCCUCAAGUUGAUCUAGAGAAGGUGAAACGUGGCUUGAGGAAAGUGCAUAACCCUGUAGUUGAGAACUCUAUCCAACCUCAACCAUCUCCAGAGAAGGAGAUUGAGAAGCCAACUCUGGCUUUGAAAGAACCUGUGACUGUGAGUGCCUUUGAUGAAGAGGAAAAGGAGACUGUGGUGGAGAUAAUACACACUCAUGGACCAUUGGAAACCAAUGAAGCACCACCUGAUUCUCCAUUGGUACCCCAAAUCGAAGAGAGCCAAGAGAAUGUGAUGGUUGAGGAGAAGGAGGAUGUGAAAGAAGAGAGAACUCCUAAACAAAAGAACUCAGCUGGGAAGGAGAAUAAAAAAUCAGUGAAGAAGGAUUCUCCGGUUACUGCUACUACUACUACUACUCAAGCUGCUGAGUGUCAAGAGAGUAGUGCCCCGGGACUACCAAGCUAUAUGCAAGCGACUAAAUCCGCAAAAGCAAAGCUGAGGCUGCAACAAGGCUCUUCUUCCCCUAAGCAACAAGGGGCUGAGAAAGCCACUAGACGUUACUCACUACCGUCUUCAGGUAACAAUGCAAGGGUCACUUCUGAUUCUCCUAAGACAACAAGAGUCUCAAACUCUGGUGGCAAAACCGGGAAGAAGACCGAGAAACCUUUGGCCAGAGAAGGCAACGGGAAGACAACUCAGGUAGAGUGGAAGAGAUGAUCGAUCAUCUGGUAUAAAAAGAGGUCUCUAAUGUUUUCCCACUCUACAGAUAUGUUACCAUCUAUCUAUAUAGUUAGAGUAUGUAAUUUGUGUUUGUGUUUGUGUUGAGAAUGUACAUCAUCGGUUUGUUUUUUUUGUGUGUGGCAAGUUCAUUUUCUGUUUUCAUGCUACAUUCCUUCUAUUGUUACCUUGAAAAUCAACUUUGGAUGUUUAUGAUAUAUGUAUUCUCAACUCUUAAAAUGAAUAA